AUGGCAUUCUUGGCAUCACUCGUUCUGGUCGCAUCUGUCCUUACACAACAGGCAGUUGCAGUCACCUCACAGCAGAUCCUAACCGACUUGUCAUCCACUCUUUCUAACGGAUCGGAAGUUAUCGCUACCACCGAUGCUUCUUACCCAACCGAUUUUACGCAACGUUGGAGCAUCUACUCUAAAGCUGAACCAGCUUACACCGUUGCUGCCAAACCUGCGACAGCGGGAGAUGUACAGAAGAUCUUGCAAUAUGCGUCCAAGAAUAAGGUCUCUCUCUUGGCAACAGGCGGUGGCCACGGUUACACUACCACUCUUGGUGGUCUAAAGAAUGCACUCAAUGUUGAUUUGAGUAACUUUAAGAAGGUUGAAGUUGACGCUUCCGCCAACACCAUGGUCAUUGGAGCGGCUACUACGUUUGCUGAUAUGUACGAUCCCCUGUAUGCGGCUGGCAAGAUGAUGCCAUCCGGUGGGUCUUCCACACCAAGUAUCAUUGGCGUCACCUUGGGUGGGGGUAUUGGACCCUUGACCGGCGAACACGGACUUCUAAUUGAUUCCUUACUCUCCGUGGAAAUGGUAACCGGAUCAGGCCAAAUUCUAACGGCGUCGGCUACUGAGAACUCCGACCUUUUCUGGGGCAUGCGAGGUGCAGGCGUCAACUUCGGCGUGGUCACAUCAGCGACCUAUCGCAUCUACGACACUAUCAACAAUGGCAUGGUUUACAACGCCGAUAUGUCGUUCGACGCGGAGAAGAACGCCACUAUCUUUCAAAUUCUGAAGACUUAUCAGGGAACUCAGGAUGACAAGCUUGCCAUAUCAAUCUCUUCUUCUCUGAGGAACAAUGUUCCGUCAAUCGAUCUUAGUGCGAUUUACUUCGGCAACAAAGAGCAGGGUGAUGCUGCUAUCAAGGCUUUCAUCGAUCAGAAGCCAAGGGCUAGCAACAUUACCGUUGUGCCCUACAACCAGCUGGUGUACGUUGCCAACUUCGGAGGCGACGUGUUCGCUCGCCAGAAGGGUGUCCGAGCCGACAUGUGGGGUUACCAACUCAACACCCUAACUGUGUCUACGCUGGUUGACACAUACACCAAAUAUAUCAAUUUUCUUCUCGCCAAUCCCGAUGUCAGUAAUGCUUUCUGGCUUCUGGAGAAAUUCGGCCUCGGCGUUACCGCGACUAUCAGCGACGAUUCUACCGCCUACGCUUGGCGCAAAUCAGUCUCUUACGGCUUCUUUGAGUUCAAUCUGCCCGAGGGCGUCACCGCUGCGCAGACAAACACAGUGGACACUUUCGUGAAGAAGCUUCGCAACGACAUGAUGACUGCAUGUGGAAACCCAGAGGGUAAUGUCUUUCCUAACUAUGCUCGUGGUAUUGAGAAGCCCGAGCAGGUAUAUGGCAAGGCGAAGCUGCCAAGGCUCCGAAUUCUCAAGAAGAAGUACGAUCCAAAGGGCUUGUUCAACCACUAUAACUCUUUUGCUUAA